AUGCGACGAGUACUACGGCUUCUGCCGGUUUACUCUGCAUCUCCGCUGGCGACCGUCCCACGCACGGCCUGUGCGCUGCGGUUGUUUCGCUCGCAGGCCGCCGCUGCCGCCGACGCGGAGGCCGCCGAACUCGAGAAGGACAAGGCGGCGCUGCGGAAGUACGCGAUGAUUGGCGCCUUCGCGGUGGUCUGCGCGGCGACUGUGUGGUACGGCGCGGGGCGGGCGAAGCGGCGGUACUUCGGCGCCGAGGGCAGCGCGCGGGUGAAUGUCGAGACGCGCGGGCGGCCGGCGCUCGGCGGUCCAUUUGUUCUCGUCAAGACGGACGGGGAGCCCGUCACGCAGGCGGAGUUCCUCGGCGCGUGGACCUUUUUCUAUUUUGGCUUCACACACUGCCCGGAGAUAUGCCCGGUGGAACUCAAUCGCAUGUCAAAAGUCGUAGACGCCGUGCGGGCGAAGCGGCCGGGGGAUGUCAUUCGGCCGCUCUUCGUCUCGUGCGACCCGCGCCGCGAUUCGCUGGAGGCCAUUGAGGAGUAUCUCUCCGCCUUUCACCCAGACUUUGUCGGCCUCGUCGGGACACCAAAGCAGGUCCACGACGCAUGCAAGUCGUAUCGUAUUUACUAUUCACUCCCAAGCGAUGAGGCAGUGGAGGAAAACGAUUAUUUAAUAGACCACAGCAUCGCUAUCUUUCUUUUUGAUCCAAAGGGGCGCUUCGUUGACUUUUUCGGAAAUCGUUAUGACGAGGAAGAGAUCACGCAACGUGUAUUGCAUUAUAUGGAGCAACUAGAACGUGAUCCAGAAUGGACAAACUGGUAG